AUGGCGUCGUUGCCUCCUCCCCCUCCCCCAGGAUGGGGUGCAGCCCCUCCUUCCAUGCCUUUGGCGCCGCCGCCGCCAGGAUACCAGCCCCCAGCGGAUCCGAAUGUCGCAAAGUUUGCUCAGAAGAAGAACGAAUGGCUGCGGACGCAGCGCAAUCGGUUUGGAGAGAAGAGGAAAGGCGGGUUCGUUGAGACACAGAAGGCGGACAUGCCUCCGGAGCACUUGCGGAAGAUUGUCAGAGAUAUCGGCGACGUAUCACAGAAGAAGUUCAGCAACGAGAAGCGCAGCUAUCUCGGCGCGCUGAAGUUCAUGCCUCACGCCGUGCUGAAGCUGCUGGAGAACAUGCCCAUGCCUUGGGAAUCGGCUCGUGAGGUCAAGGUGCUGUACCAUGUGAAUGGUUGCCUUACGCUCGUGAACGAGACCCCGAGGGUCAUCGAACCGGUUUUCCAUGCUCAGUGGGCUACCAUGUGGGUGUGUAUGCGGCGAGAAAAGAGCGACCGCAGACAUUUCAAGCGGAUGCGCUUUCCCCCUUUCGAUGACGAGGAACCUCCCCUAUCGUGGUCGGAGAAUAUCGAAGACGUCGAGCCCUUGGAGCCGGUCCAGAUGGAGCUCGACGAAUCCGAAGAUGCCCCCGUGUACGAGUGGUUCUACGAUCACCGGCCGCUACUUGAUACCCCUCAUGUCAAUGGACCAAGCUAUAAGAGCUGGAAUUUGACCCUUCCGCAGAUGGCAACUCUCUACCGGUUAAGUCAUCAGUUACUCAGUGAUGUGGUCGACCAGAAUUACUUUCACAUGUUUGACCUCAACAGUUUCCUUACGGCAAAGGCCUUGAAUGUUGCCAUCCCCGGUGGCCCACGCUUUGAGCCUUUGUACAAGGACAUCGAUCCCAAUGACGAGGAUUUCAGUGAAUUCAAUGCGAUCGACCGCAUCAUCUUUCGAGCACCCAUCCGGACGGAGUACAGAGUCGCUUUCCCUUUCUUAUAUAACACCCUCCCGAGAAGCGUGAAAGUUUCCUGGUAUUCUCAUCCUCAAGUCGUUUACGUCCGAACCGACCCUAACCUUCCUGCUUUCUACUUCGACCCUGUCAUCAAUCCCAUCUCGUCGCGCUCUGUCGCCCCCAGAAACGUUACAGUCAGUCAUGAGGAUGAGAUCUUUGGGCCCGGAAACAAUGAGGACGAUCUUUUUGAACUCCCACCGGAGGUGAAGCCCUUCUUCGCUGACGAGGAACUGUACACACCUGAUACUGCCUCAGCGAUCGCCCUGUGGUGGGCUCCUCAUCCGUUCAAUAAGAGAUCAGGGAAGAUGGUGCGCGCGCAGGACGUGCCACUCGUCAAGCAGUGGUACCUGGAGCAUUGCCCUCAGGGCCAGCCUGUGAAGGUCCGAGUCUCGUAUCAGAAGCUUCUCAAGACGUAUGUGCUUAAUGAGUUGCACAAGAAGAAGCCUAAGGCCCAGAACAAGCAAAAUCUGUUGAAGACCCUGAAAUCUACCAAGUUUUUCCAGCAGACGACAAUCGACUGGGUUGAAGCUGGUCUCCAGGUUUGCCGCCAGGGUUUCAACAUGCUCAACCUCUUGAUUCACCGAAAGAACUUGACUUAUCUGCAUCUCGACUACAACUUCAAUUUGAAGCCAGUUAAGACACUGACCACUAAGGAGCGAAAGAAGUCCCGCUUCGGUAACGCUUUUCACUUGAUGCGUGAGAUUUUGCGCCUUACAAAGUUAAUUGUCGAUGCGCAAGUUCAAUACCGUCUGGGUAACAUCGAUGCUUUUCAAUUGGCGGAUGGCAUUCUGUAUGCUUUCAACCAUGUUGGACAGUUGACCGGUAUGUACCGUUACAAGUACAAGUUGAUGCAUCAAAUCCGUUCCUGCAAGGACCUGAAGCAUUUGAUCUACUACCGAUUCAACUCUGGCCCUGUGGGUAAAGGUCCUGGUUGCGGUUUCUGGGCCCCUGCUUGGCGCGUUUGGCUGUUCUUCAUGCGCGGUAUCAUUCCUCUUCUUGAGAGAUGGCUUGGAAACUUGCUUUCUCGUCAGUUUGAGGGUCGUCAUAGCAAGGGCGUUGCCAAGACCGUCACUAAACAGCGUGUCGAGUCGCACUUCGAUCUUGAACUGCGAGCCUCCGUCAUGGCGGAUCUGAUGGACAUGAUGCCUGAAGGUAUCAAACAGAACAAAGUCAACACAGUUCUGCAACAUCUGUCUGAAGCAUGGCGAUGCUGGAAGAGUAAUAUUCCCUGGAAGGUGCCGGGGCUCCCAGCACCUAUCGAGAAUAUUAUCUUGCGAUAUGUGAAGAGCAAGGCCGAUUGGUGGAUAUCUGUCGCACACUACAAUCGUGAACGUAUCCGCCGCGGUGCCACCGUGGAUAAGACUGUUGCCAAGAAGAAUCUUGGUCGACUGACUCGGCUUUGGCUCAAGGCUGAGCAGGAGAGACAGCACAAUUAUUUGAAGGAUGGUCCUUAUGUAUCUUCCGAAGAAGCGGUGGCGAUUUACACAACCAUGGUGCACUGGCUCGAGUCUCGCAAGUUCUCACCCAUUCCGUUCCCGAGUGUCUCAUACAAGCAUGACACCAAGAUUCUUAUUCUUGCUCUCGAACGCCUCCGCGAGGCCUACUCUGUGAAGGGUAGACUGAACCAGAGUCAGCGAGAAGAACUUGCUCUCAUUGAACAGGCAUACGACUCUCCUGGAACCACGCUGGCCCGAAUCAAGAGAUUCCUUCUCACUCAGAGAGCAUUUAAGGAAGUUGGAAUCGACAUGAAUGACAAUUACAACAACAUCAACCCUGUGUACGAUGUUGAGCCGAUCGAGAAGAUCACGGACGCCUACCUGGACCAGUACCUUUGGUAUCAGGCAGAGCAGCGCCACCUCUUCCCAGCUUGGAUCAAACCUUCCGAUUCUGAAGUCCCUCCACUGCUGACCUACAAGUGGGCCCAGGGAAUCAAUAAUUUGUCCAACGUCUGGGAAACUGCCGAUGGCGAGACGAAUGUCAUGAUCGAAACGGAGUUAUCCAAGGUCUAUGAGAAGAUUGAUCUUACUCUCUUGAAUCGUCUGCUACGUUUGAUCAUGGACCACAACUUGGCUGAUUACAUUACUUCGAAGAACAAUGUGCAGCUGAGCUACAAGGAUAUGAACCAUACCAACAGCUACGGAUUGAUCAGGGGGCUGCAGUUCUCUGGUUUCGUCUUCCAGUAUUAUGGUCUUAUGAUUGAUCUGCUGCUCCUUGGUUUGCAGAGAGCCAGUGAGAUGGCAGGUCCGCCGCAGAGUCCCAACGACUUCUUGCAAUUCAGAGACCGUGCCACUGAGACAAGACAUCCCAUUCGUUUGUACACUCGCUAUGUCGACAAGAUCUGGGUAUUCUUCAGAUUCACCGCCGACGAGUCCAGGGAUCUUAUUCAGCGCUUCCUUACAGAGAACCCUGAUCCUAAUUUCGAGAACGUUAUUGGAUAUAAGAACAAGAAGUGCUGGCCGCGUGAUUGCCGUAUGCGUCUGAUGCGACACGAUGUUAAUCUCGGUCGCGCUGCCUUCUGGGAUUUGAAGAACCGUCUGCCGCGGUCAAUUACGACGAUUGAAUGGGAUGAUACCUUUGCUAGCGUGUACAGCAAGGACAACCCGAACCUGCUGUUCUCCAUGUGUGGAUUUGAGGUCCGUAUUCUGCCAAAGAUUCGCAAUCAGAAUGAGGAGUUCUCAGUCAAGGACAGUGUGUGGUCUCUGGUAGACAACGCCACCAAGGAGCGCACAGCCCAUGCUUUCUUGCAAGUAACGGAGGAGGACAUCCAGAAAUUCAACAACCGAAUCCGGCAAAUCCUCAUGUCCUCGGGUUCAACCACUUUCACCAAGAUCGCCAACAAGUGGAACACCGCUCUUAUCGCGCUCUUUACGUACUAUCGUGAAGCUGCUGUCUCCACCGUCAAUCUUUUGGACACGAUUGUCAAAUGUGAGACCAAGAUUCAGACUCGCGUUAAGAUUGGUCUGAACUCCAAGAUGCCCUCGCGUUUCCCUCCUGCGGUCUUCUACACGCCAAAGGAACUGGGUGGUCUGGGCAUGAUUUCGGGUUCUCAUAUUUUGAUUCCCGCCAGUGACAAGCGGUGGUCGAAGCAGACGGAUACCGGCAUUACUCACUUCCGAGCGGGUAUGUCACAUGACGAGGAGACCCUCAUUCCUAACAUCUUCCGAUACAUCAUUCCAUGGGAGGCCGAAUUCAUCGACUCUCAGCGAGUCUGGAUGGAAUACUCUCAGAAGCGGAUGGAAGCUCAGCAGCAGAAUCGCCGUCUGACUUUGGAGGACUUGGAAGAUAGCUGGGAUCGCGGUCUCCCUCGUAUCAACACUCUUUUCCAAAAGGAUCGAAGCACACUCAGCUUCGAUAAAGGUUUCCGUCUCAGAGCCGAGUUCAAGCAGUACCAGCUGAUGAAGAGCAAUCCAUUCUGGUGGACAAGUCAACGUCAUGACGGUAAACUCUGGAACUUGAACGCUUACCGCACAGAUGUCAUCCAAGCACUUGGUGGUGUUGAGACUAUUCUCGAGCACACCUUGUUCAAGGCAACUGCUUUUCCAUCUUGGGAGGGGCUCUUUUGGGAAAGAGCAUGCCUUGCCAAGGGGACACGGCUGCUACGGUAUGACGGUAGCGAAAUUGAGGUCCAGGAUGUCAAAGAGGGAGAUUUACUCCUUGGUCCUGACGGCGGUCCUCGCCGGGCUUUCAACAUUGUGAACGGUGAAGACCGUCUCUACCGUAUCAAGAUUGAUGGAAGUAAAGAGGACCUUGUGGUUACGCCAAACCAUAUUCUGGUUCUUCACCGGGAGAAGAGAGCGACUACUUUCGAGUCAAUGCCAAGCACGAACGCUGAAGAACCAGGAAAUGGAGACGAUGACGAGCUACCUGAGGUUUCAGCAGCAGAGCGCUACGAUACCGUUGAAAUGACGGCAGCUGAGUUCGCCGCGCUUAGUACAGAAGAACGGAGUCGGUAUCGUGUGUUCAGAUGUCCUGGCUUCGAGUUGCCUGAGCAGUCAGUGCCGGUAAACCCGUAUUUCCUCGGGCUUUGGCUUGGCGAUGGUAACAGUAGGAGCACCACGAUCUACAACAGUCAUGGAGAGACUGUUCGUGAGUUCCUCGUGAACCAUGCUGCUGAAUUGGAUAUGUACCUCACAUGGCACGGUCAACUUGGCUAUGCGACUGUCCCGGAUACCAUUGAACAUCGUCCGGUUGUUCGUCAAGCACGACAGACCAUUCGGAAGCUACGACUUGCUGCUAAGAGUAUCGCACAACCAGAAGUGUCUGAAGGACUCAUGCCAAGUCAAGGUUCGACGGAAGAACCAAGCCAGGCUUCGACGAUCAAACCAGUCCACCAAGCUUCGAUGGUAGAGCAGAAAGCUGAUCUCGAUCUGCUCGAAACCGAUAGCGAGGACGAGGAAGCCGACAGCGCUGAUGAGGAUGAGCUUGGAGACCCCGAUGCUUCCGAAUUUCGGCCGGAGCCGGAAAGCCAGCUAUCCCAGUCUCACUUCUCCAAUCGUCGGCGGAACCACCGCCUGCGAACAGGCCGUCGAGCAUAUGGAGAUUUGAAUGGCGACGAGGAAGAUGAACUUCUUCACCAGAUCGUGGAACAAUCCGAAGGCAGUCGUGUUGACUCGCUCCCCCGGGCGCUCGACGCCUUGGGGGUUAUUGCUCAAAAAGAAACAGGUCCUGAAACCGACCGGAAGCAUAUUCCAUCGAUAUACAUGAAAAACUCUCGGUCUGUCCGUCUUGCCGUUCUGGCAGGUCUCAUCGAUAGUGACGGUUGGUACGUCUAUCCAGAGAAUAUGCUUGGCUUUGCCCAGAGUGAGCGUUGCCAUUCCAAGCUCUUUUGGGACGUUGUCGCGCUGGCACGUUCUUUAGGUCUCAGUGUCUGGACCAAGCGACAUAUGAUGUGGAACCCUGCUCGCACGGAGAGGUAUCCCCAGCUCUUUGCCCAGAUCUCUGGGAAUGUGGCCGAGGUUCCUUGUCUCCUUGCGCGGAAGAAAGGCGUUGAGCGUUUGAUUCCCCAGACUCACAGUUUCAUGAUCAAGGACAUUUCCCUUGAACCUGAGACCACGGAGUGGGCUGGUUUUAGAGUCGACAAAGAUCAGCUUUACCUGCGACAUGAUUACCUUGUCUUGCAUAACAGUGGAUUUGAAGAGUCGAUGAAAUUCAAGAAGCUCACAAAUGCUCAGCGGUCUGGUUUGAACCAAAUCCCUAACCGUCGGUUCACCCUGUGGUGGUCCCCAACCAUCAACCGUGCCAACGUCUAUGUCGGUUUCCAGGUGCAGCUUGAUCUUACAGGUAUCUUCUUGCACGGCAAGAUCCCCACUUUGAAGAUUUCCUUGAUUCAGAUCUUCCGUGCGCACUUGUGGCAGAAAAUCCACGAAUCUGUCGUCAUGGACUUGUGCCAGGUGUUUGAUCAGGAACUCGAGCAGUUGGGCAUCGAAGCUGUCCAGAAGGAGACCAUUCACCCACGUAAGUCUUACAAGAUGAACAGUUCGUGCGCAGACAUCCUGCUCUUUGCAACAAACAAGUGGAACGUGACUAGACCUUCCAUUUUGUUCGACACGAAAGACGUUUACGAGCCGACCACUACGAACAAGUUCUGGCUUGAUGUGCAGUUAAGAUACGGCGAUUACGAUUCUCAUGAUAUCGAGAGAUAUGUCCGCGCCAAGUACCUCGACUACACUACCGAUAGCAUGAGUAUCUAUCCUUCCGCCACUGGUCUCAUGAUUGGUAUUGAUCUUGCAUACAACCUCUAUUCGGCGUACGGACAGUACUUCCCGGGCUUGAAGACUCUGAUCCAGCAGGCCAUGGCCAAGAUCAUGAAGGCAAACCCUGCCUUGUAUGUACUAAGAGAGCGUAUUCGAAAGGGUCUGCAGUUGUAUGCGUCUGAAAGCAACCAGGAGUUCCUCAACUCUCAGAAUUACUCCGAACUGUUCAGCCCGCAGAUUCAACUGUUCAUUGACGAUACCAAUGUCUACCGUGUCACCAUUCAUAAGACCUUCGAAGGCAACUUGACCACAAAGCCCAUCAACGGUGCCAUCUUCAUUUUCAACCCUCGGACUGGUCAAUUGUUCCUCAAGAUUAUUCACACUAGUGUUUGGGCUGGUCAGAAGCGUCUUGGCCAAUUGGCGAAGUGGAAGACAGCCGAAGAAGUUGCAGCACUCAUUCGGUCUCUGCCUGUGGAAGAACAGCCUAAGCAGCUCAUUGUCACUCGGAAAGGUCUUCUAGAUCCCCUUGAAGUCCAUCUGCUCGACUUCCCCAACAUCUCCAUCCGUGCCUCUGAGCUCCAGCUGCCGUUCCAGGCUGCCAUGAAGGUCGAGAAGCUGGCAGAUAUGAUUCUGCGGGCAACCGAACCUCAGAUGGUACUCUUCAACCUCUACGAUGAAUGGCUCAAGUCCAUCUCUCCGUAUACCGCCUUCUCCCGUCUAAUUCUUAUUCUGCGAGCCCUGCACGUCAAUAUCGACAAGGCCAAGAUCAUCUUGAGACCUGACAAGACGGUAAUUACACAAGAGCAUCACAUCUGGCCUACGCUAUCGGACGAGGAUUGGAUCAAGGUUGAAGUCCAACUUCGUGACCUGAUUUUGAACGAUUAUGGAAAGAAGAACAACGUGAACGUGCAAAGUUUGACGAGCAGCGAAGUCCGAGACAUUAUUCUUGGUAUGGAGAUUAGCGCGCCUUCACUUCAGCGGCAGCAGGCCGCAGAAAUUGAGAAGCAGCAGGAGGAGGCCAAGCAGCUUACAGCUGUCACGACGAAGACGCAGAAUGUUCGCGGUGAAGAAAUCAUCGUCACGACCACGUCUCAGUACGAACAGCAGUCGUUUGCUUCGAAGACCGAAUGGCGUACACGGGCAAUUGCGACAUCGAAUCUUCGCACGAGAGCCAACAAUAUCUACAUUUCGUCAGAUGAUGUUUCAGAGGAAGGAUACACUUAUAUCAUGCCCAAGAACAUUCUUCGUCGCUUCAUCACUAUUGCCGACCUUCGAGUGCAGGUUGCUGGGUAUCUCUACGGUAGCUCCCCUCCUGAUAACGACCAAGUGAAGGAGAUUCGGACCAUCGUCAUGAUUCCGCAAGUCGGAAAUACUCGAGAUGUUCAGUUGCCCCAACAGUUGCCACAGCAUGAGUAUCUGAACGGACUUGAGCCUCUCGGUAUCAUCCACACGAUCUCUGGCAAUGAGCCACAUUACAUGACUGCUAUGGAUGUGACUCAGCAUGCGCGGUUGAUGAAUGCUCACCCCUCGUGGGACAAGAAGACCGUCACGAUGACAGUGUCAUUUACCCCUGGAUCUGUUUCCCUUGCAGCAUGGGGGCUGACGCCCCAGGGUUACAAGUGGGGAGCUGAGAACAAAGACACCACAUCUGACCAACCACAAGGGUUCUCGACCAGCAUGGGUCAGAAAUGCCAACUGCUGCUCAGCGACAAGAUUCGUGGAUACUUCCUGGUCCCUGAAGAUAACGUGUGGAACUAUAGCUUCAUGGGAAGCUCUUUCGGCAGCGUCGAAAAGCGACCUGUCUAUGUCAAGAUUGAUACGCCGUUGAGAUUCUAUGACGACCAACAUCGUCCUUUGCACUUCCAGAACUUUGCUGAACUCGAGGACAUUUGGGUUGAUCGUUCCGAUAAUUUCGCUUAA